AUGGAAACACAAAAUUGCAAAAUCUGCGAAACUAAACGAUCCAAGUACGUGUGCCCCCGAUGCAACAUUCCGUACUGUUCCGUGGCCUGCUACAAAUCGCAACGGCACUUGGAAUGUUCCGAAGGGUUUUAUCGCGAGAACGUUGUGCAAGAACUGGCACUCCGAAAAGCGGAAGGCGCUGUCGAUCAAUCGACCCAAAGUAUGAUGGCGAUACUGCACCGCGUGGCACAGGCAGACGGUGGCGCGGCGAUGGGCAAUGAUGAGACGUCGGACCCCGAAGAAGGCAACGAUGGUGAAUCCGAUGGGUUGCUGGAUUCCGACGACGAAGAGGAAGCACCGGAUCUGGCCGUGCGGCUAGCCGGAAUCAAUCUGGACGAUGCGACCAAUGUUUGGGAGCACCUGACGAGCGCGGAAAAGGAAGAGUUUGAGCGAAUGAUGGAAAACGGAGAAAUCAUGUCGAUCGUACCCGAACCCGACGUGUGGUGGACGAAAGCCUACAAGGUGGACCUCGUUCAACCGUCCGCAGCUCCGGAGCGGUCGCAGCAGGAACAGCAGCUUCUGUCGGCCUGCCCGCCGGUGUGGGGCAAAAUUGCCAAUUUCAACGCGCUGCUCCCAACGGAACCGUCUCCGGUGGUGCGUUUCAAUGUGGCCAAUGUGCUGGCCGGUUACUGUUUCGUGUACACCUAUUUUUACGCCGAUCUACACACCCAUCCGCUGGAGACGAUCAACUGUCUUUGGGGUGUGUGUCUGAACUUGAAAAGCAACACAAACUUUGACACGGAACCGAUGGCGAUCGAAUCCGUCGUUAGUGAGUGUCGCAGCGAACGGUUGCCGGUUCACCCAAAGACGGCCCCGGCACUAAAAGCGCACAUUCGAACGCUCUUCGAGGGGCCGCGCGGUUGUGGGAGAAAGUACAAAAAGCUCUUCCUUCUUGCCGCACUGUCCGACGUUAGGAGCCUACUGUGUGAGGCCCGGCAACAGUUGAAACAAUCAGAAAGCCCCAACGAUACGGCUGAAUGUGUGGAAGGACGGUCCGCGAACGAUGGCAUAAAACACAGCGUCAGCUUGACCGCGCUUCGAGGAUGCGAAAAAAAGAUUGACUUCUACCUGGCGUACGCCAAAUCGGAUUAUGUGUGAAUGUGAAAGCCUCGUGCACGUUUUGUUACCAAAUAUAUAAUACUUCACUUUUUAUUCUCA